AUGAUCUCCAAUUCUUCUGGUGAAAAAUUUCUCGUGAAAAUGAGUACAUCAGACACGCCUCAAGGAAGUUUAGCACCCAAAUCUCGAACACCAAUUUCUAGGACUGACCCAAAUAAGAUGGAACAUCUUAAUCAAAAUGCCAUUGAACAUGUUAUCGAUUCUGAGAAAUUUUUGAUAAUUUCAGAGCUGAGAAAAAAAGAUGGAAAAUAUUACACAUUUCUAACAGAUCGUGACAGGCUAAUCGGUGAAGAGGUAUUACGUCAUGAUAUUCUAGAAAGCCGUUUAAGCACUAUAUGGCUCGAGGAAUUUAUGAAAAAAAUGGGAAAAGCUCAUACCCAAUUUAUACUUAGGCCUGAAUAA